UAGUGAUGGAGGAGAGAAGAUGGCGGAAGCGGAAUUUAAGGACCACGGUACAGCUAUGGAUAGUGAACCAAACCCUGGAACAUCUUCUGUGUCGACAACAACCAGUAGCACUACCACUACCACCAUCACCACUUCCUCCUCUCGAAUGCAGCAACCACAGAUCUCAGUCUACAGUGGCUCAGACCGACAUGCUGUACAGGUAAUUCAACAGGCAUUGCAUCGCCCCUCCAGCUCAGCUGCUCAGUACCUUCAGCAAAUGUAUGCAGCUCAACAGCAGCACUUAAUGCUGCAUACUGCAGCUCUUCAGCAGCAGCACUUAAGCAGCUCCCAGCUUCAGAGCCUUGCUGCCGUUCAGGCAAGUUUGUCCAGUGGAAGACCGUCUACAUCCCCCACAGGAAGUGUCACACAACAGUCAAGUAUGUCCCAGACGUCUAUCAACCUCUCCACUUCUCCUACACCUGCACAGUUAAUAAGCCGUUCCCAGGCUUCCAGUUCCACCAGCGGCAGUAUUACCCAACAGACUAUGUUACUAGGGAGUACCUCCCCUACCCUAACUGCAAGCCAAGCUCAAAUGUAUCUCCGAGCUCAAAUGCUGAUUUUCACACCCGCUACCACUGUGGCUGCUGUACAGUCUGACAUUCCUGUUGUCUCGUCGUCAUCGUCAUCUUCCUGUCAGUCUGCAGCUACUCAGGUUCAGAAUUUAACAUUACGCAGCCAGAAGUUGGGUGUGUUAUCUAGCUCACAGAAUGGUCCACCAAAAAGCACUAGUCAAACUCAGUCAUUGACAAUUUGUCAUAACAAAACAACAGUGACCAGUUCUAAAAUCAGCCAACGAGAUCCUUCUCCAGAAAGUGUUAGAAAAGGAGAAAGUCCAAGUCUGGAAUCACGAAGCACAGCUGUCACCCGGACAUCAAGUAUUCACCAGUUAAUAGCACCAGCUUCAUAUCCUCCAAUUCAGCCUCAUCCUCUAAUAAAGCAUCAACAGAUUCCUCUUCAUUCACCACCUCCCAAGGUUUCCCAUCAUCAGCUGAUAUUACAGCAGCAACAGCAGCAAAUGCAGCCAAUUACACUCCAAAAUCCAACUCAAGAUCCACCCCCAUCCCAGCACUGUAUACCACUCCAAAACCAUGGCCUUCCUCCAGCUCCCAGUAAUGCCCAGUCACAGCAUUGUUCACCAAUUCAGAGUCAUCCCCCUCUAACAAUGUCUCCUAGCCAGUCACAGUCAGCACAGCAGUCAGUAGUGGUGUCUCCUCCACCACCUCAUUCACCAAGUCAGUCUCCUACCAUAAUUAUUCAUCCACAAGCACUUAUUCAGCCACACCCUCUUAUGUCAUCAGCUCUCCAGCCCGGGCCAAACUUGCAACAGUCCGCUGCUAAUCAGGUGCAGCCAACAGCACAGCUGAAUCUUCCAUCCCAUCUUCCACUUUCAGCUUCCCCUGUUGUACACAUUGGCCCCGUUCAGCAGUCCGCCUUGGUGUCCCCAGGUCAGCAGAUUGUGUCUCCAGCAUCACACCAGCAAUAUUCAACCCUGCAGUCCUCUCCAAUCCCAAUUGCAACCCCUCCGCAGAUGUCAGCAUCUCCUCCAGCUCAGAUUCCACCAUUACCCUUACAGUCUAUGCAAUCUUUACAAGUGCAGCCUGAAAUUCUAUCCCAGGGCCAGGUUUUGGUACAGAAUGCUUUGGUGUCAGAAGAGGAGCUUCCAGCUGCAGAAGCUUUGGUCCAGUUGCCAUUUCAGACUCUUCCUCCUCCACAGACUGUUGCGGUAAACCUACAAGUACAACCACCAGCACCUGUUGAUCCACCAGUGGUUUAUCAAGUGGAAGAUAUGUGUGAAGAGGAAAUGCCAGAAGAGUCAGAUGAAUGUGUUCGCAUGGACAGAACCCCACCACCACCCACGUUGUCUCCAGCAGCUAUAACUGUGGGGAGAGGGGAGGAUUUGACUUCUGACCAUCCUUUGUUAGAGGAAGUAGAAUUACCUGCUGUGGCAUCAGUCAGCGCUUCAGUAAUUAAAUCUCCUUCAGAUCCUUCACAUGUUUCUGUUCCUCCUCCUCCACUCUUACUUCCAGCUGCUACCACAAGGAAUAAUAUUACAUCUAUGCCCAAUAGCAUUCCCAAUAUAGAAAACAAACCUCCACAGGCUAUUGUUAAACCACAGAUCUUGACCCAUGUUAUUGAAGGCUUUGUAAUUCAAGAGGGAUUGGAGCCAUUUCCUGUGAGUCGUUCAUCUUUGCUAAUAGAACAGCCUGUGAAAAAAAGACCUCUCUUGGAUAAUCAGGUGAUAAAUUCUGUGUGUGUUCAGCCAGAGCUACAGAAUAAUACAAAGCAUGCAGAUAAUUCAUCUGACACAGAGUUGGAAGACAUGAUUGCUGAAGAGACAUUAGAAGAAAUGGACAGCGAGUUGCUCAAGUGUGAAUUCUGUGGUAAGAUGGGAUAUGCUAAUGAAUUUCUGCGGUCAAAACGAUUCUGCACUAUGUCAUGUGCCAAAAGGUACAAUGUUAGCUGUUCUAAAAAAUUUGCACUUAGUCGUUGGAAUCGUAAGCCUGAUAAUCAAAGUCUUGGGCAUCGUGGCCGUCGUCCAAGUGGCCCUGAUGGGGCAGCAAGAGAACAUAUCCUUAGGCAGCUUCCAAUUACUUAUCCAUCUGCAGAAGAAGACUUGGCUUCUCAUGAAGAUCCUGUGCCAUCUGCUAUGACAACACGUCUGCGCAGGCAGAGCGAGCGGGAAAGAGAGCGUGAGCUGCGAGAAGUGAGAAUUAGGAAAAUGCCUGAGAACAGUGACUUGCUACCAGUUGCACAAACAGAGCCCUCCAUAUGGACGGUUGAUGAUGUCUGGGCCUUCAUUCAUUCUUUACCUGGCUGCCAGGAUAUCGCAGAUGAGUUUAGAGCACAGGAGAUUGAUGGACAGGCCCUUCUCUUGCUAAAAGAAGACCAUCUUAUGAGUGCAAUGAAUAUCAAGCUUGGCCCCGCCCUCAAGAUCUGUGCACGCAUCAACUCUCUGAAGGAAUCUUAACAAGAUCAUGAGGCUUUGCGAUAACAGCAGUUUUAUUCUUCUUAAACAAACUUGUAAGGUAAAGGCUCAGGUUGGCCUAGAAUAUUAUCACGUAUUGUGGUGGAUAGCCAAGAACAUUGGGAUCUCCACAUGAAAAGCUGACAUUUCUUUUACAGAUAUAAUAAUUCAUCAUACAUUUUCAUAAUUAGCCAACAUUGGUGAAAUUAAUUUUACAGGUUACAUACAACAUUGAAAGACUUGUUAUAGAGGGCCAUGAUAUUUUUCAAAGAAACGUAUUCUAGUACUUUUUAAAAAAGUAAUGUUUAUCAUUAAUAUAAAGAAUCCUUUUAAAACUAAUUUAAUGAUUUACAUUUCUCUUUUGAUCCAGUUUUGUUAUACAUUUUUCUACCCUAUAAUUUUCCCAUAAGUUGUCAUUAGAGAUAAUUUAAGAAUAAUUUAGGAGUCCAGUGACUGGAAUUGUAUGCAGUGAGAUAUCAUUGUGCAUUUAAAAAAAAUGUCUGUUAGAAAGUUGUUUUGUCUAUAAAAAAGGGUUGCAUUCUAGCAAGAAUAACACUGAUCUGGGAGUCAGACAAGUUAGUUUCUAUUCUAAACUUGACCAAGAAUUUGGUGUAGCUGAGAACAUUGUCCUCUUAGUUUUUGUACAUGUAGACCAAUGGUUCUCCUGGAGAUGAGUUUUGCUGCCCUGGGGACAUUUUGGUUGUCAUAGCUGAGGGGGCUGAGGGAGGGAUGCUCUCGGUACCUAACACAUGGAGGACAGGGAUUGUAUAUUUCCUACAAUGCACAGGACAGCCCUCCACAACAGCUAUGCGGUCCAAAAUGUCAGUAGUACCAAGGUUGAGAAACUCUAAUGUAGGAGUGAUAAAUGAUUCUCUUUUUCACCCAGAGGGAUACAUUACACAAUGGAAAUAUUUCAGGUAGCAUCAGUGUUCUGCUGAAGUAUUUUCCCCAGUGUAUGCACACUGAGAAAAAGGGGAGCAAUCCAUUAAAUUGGCCGAUAAAAUAAGGACUAGCAUACAAAUAAUUUGACUCUCAAAAGAUAUUGAUUCAUAUUAAUUAUCUUUUAUCUCUGCUCCUCUGUGAUAAAAGGCAUAAUCUGAUUACACCUUAUGAACCAAUGUACAUAUAACCUUUACCAACAAGGCAAUAGUGUGUAGCAGAUAUACGUAUUUGGUCUUUGGCAUUUUUCUAAUGUUGAACAUGCUGGGUCUAGCUAGAAAGCAUAUUCCUUUUUCCUGACUAAACCCUUGCAUGCUUUCUGCAAAGCACUUACCAAGUGAUAUCUCUUGAAUGGUGAGGUCUAAUUUUGUAUGUACAUGUUUUAGGGGGGAAAUUUUUAAGUAAAACCUUUCACCAAACAGUUAGUGAUCUACUAGAAUUGUGACACCAAAACAAAAUUGUUUUGGGAGCCUUGAGAGCUUUAUAGUCCUGGACAUCAAAAAUUUGUUUAUUUUUUUUAAAAUCUUAUCUCUAUCGUACAAUGAAAAUGUUUUAAUAAUUGAAGGAACAUACAUAGAUAUUUGGCAAAAGUGGAAAGAGUCUAUGGGUUUCAGUCAUUAUCACUGCUCUUUUCAAAAAGAUUGUGUUGACCUAGUAGAAGACUAAAGAUGUCAUUAAAGACAUCACAGAUAUUUAUCUUUUGGCUUUGUGUACAUUAGAGAAUGUUGAUUAUUUUUAUACAAAAUACAGCGGGUAAUUUUUUUAA